CCCUUCUCUCUCUACAAAGUUCCCACUCAAACAAAAACAAGAAAAAAAAAACACACUCUCUUCUCUCUCUCGUUUUUUUUUCAGUUUUUUUUCUCUCUCUGCAAUGUAGUUCGCCGGAGAUGGCAAACUUCCACCGUAACAACGUCGAGAACGUGGUCCUUGGCCACCACCGUUCCAAGAGCACCUCCGUCGCCGGUGGCCACUUCCGCCUAUGGCACUCCCUCUCCACCACCUCCUUCCGCCGCCUGGUCUUCAAUGCCGUCAGCUGCGGCGCCAGCUCCCGCUACGCCGAGAGAUCGGACACGUCCUCCGAGAGACACUACCACCAACCGAAACAACAGCACCGGCACAAGACGAAGCCGAAUAACGCGAAGUCGGAGAAGCUCUCGGAUCUGCUAAACCUGGCCGAGGUCGAAGCUGACGCGGAAACGAAGAAGAAAGAGGACAAACUCGAGGAGCUGAAGAGCCUAGUGAAGGAGCUUCAUAAGGAAGAUGAGGAAGAGAAGGAAGAAGAAUCAAUGACGCGGAGAAGAGAAGCUGCUUCGAAAGUGAGGUUGCUAGCCAAAGAGGAUUUGGAAGUUAGAGGGACGCUCGCGAUGCUUGGAGCUAUUCCUCCUCUCGCCGCAAUGCUCGAUGAAUCCAAAAACGACGUCGAUUCGCUCGUUGCUUCUCUCUACGCGCUGCUCAACCUUGGAAUCGGAAACGACGCGAAUAAAGCAGCUAUUGUGAAAGUUGGGUCAGUUGAGAAGAUGCUGAAGCUGAUUGAAUCUCCAGAUGGUCUAGAUUCUUCGGUUUCUGAAGCAAUUGUUGCGAAUUUCCUUGGACUUAGUGCGUUGGAUUCGAAUAAGCCCAUAAUUGGGUCUUCGGCUUCAAUUUCUUUCUUAGUUAGAACCCUUCAGAGUUUAGAGGACAAGAGUAGUCCCCAAGCCAAGCAAGAUGCUUUACGGGCAUUGUACAAUCUUUCGAUCUACCCAGCCAAUGUUGCAUUUGUUUUGGAAACAGCUUUGGUUCUGUUUCUGGUGAAUUCAAUAGGGGACAUGGAGGUAACUGAAAGAGCCCUUGCGAUUCUCAGCAACUUGGUGUCGACCCGAGAGGGUAGAAAGGCGAUUAGUGCAGUGCAAGAUUCGAUUCCGAUCCUGGUGGAUGUGUUGAAUUGGACAGAUUCACCAGAAUGCCAGGAGAAGGCGUCCUACAUUUUGAUGGUUAUGGCACACAGGUCUUAUGGGGACAAACAGGCCAUGAUUGAGGCAGGGAUUGCGUCAUCACUGCUUGAGUUGUCCCUUUUGGGUACCACAUUAGCUCAGAAAAGGGCAUCAAGGAUACUAGAAAUUUUGAGGGUAGACAAAGGGAAACAGAUUUCUGGGAGCUAUGGCUUGGGUGCUGCUGUCUCUGCCCCUAUUAGCGGCUCUUCGUCCGCGAAGCCGGACGACGGAGGGAGGGAGUGUUUUGAUGAGGAGGAAGAUAUGAUGAGUGAGGAGAAGAAAGCAGUGAAGCAACUAGUCCAACAGAGUUUGCAGAACAACAUGAGGAAAAUUGUAAAAAGGGCCAAUUUGCCUCACGAUAUUGUGCCAUCGGAUCAUUUUAAGUCACUCACCUCAAGUUCUACUUCAAAGAGCCUACCAUUUUGAAGAAUUGCAGCAGGGAAGAGAGUCAAGUCGCAGAUCCAAAUGGCGUUGAAGAAAGAUUACAAUAUAGAUCUGAUUGGGAUGAAAAGCUGAGCUGUUCGUCGCAAAUAAGUUUGAAGGGCCAUUUUGUUCCCAUUAUGUAAAUGUUUCGUGAUGCCCUUGCCCUUGUGCUUGUGGGGUACGCUCAUUUGUAAUGUUAUCUUCUGCUGGUGGCUUUAAUUUUGUUGACUUUAGUGUAAAUAUUUUAUUCUCAAUGUAGUUUUGGUCUUAAUUAA